AUGUGCGUAGUCGAACAGCGCACUUACCUCCAGCCCGACGGCAGGAAGGAAACGUUCGAUCACGUCAAGAGCCGUUGUCAGCUCGCCGGCUCCGGAAGGACUUGUCGCCAGGUCACCUAUGAGGAACGAACCAUGCAGGGAGCCGGCCAUUCUCGUCACUCCCCUCACAUCCGCUACGCCGACGAGUCUCCCUCCCCUGCCACCGAAAGCUUUCCAUCCACACCAGUCAACGGCGCUACCUUCGUCGAGGUCACACCAACCUCAGCGGGCUUCGCCCCGCACCCUUCACCCAAACAUCGCAAGACUGGCUCUCUUGGUCAAAUUGUCUUCAACAUCGGCCCAAAGAAGGAGAAGGAGAGGGAGAAGGAGAAGCAGUCGAGAGAGAAGUCAAAGACCACGACCACGACCAAGCGUUAUCACGGCAGCUCCGCCGUAUCCGCAGCAACAUCCUCGUCCAGCAUCAGGAGCUACUCGCCCGCCCCGUCGUCGCCUCUGUCGGCUACCCAGGAGCAGAAUCUAAGCCCAGCGUAUCAGUAUUCGCAUCGUAGAAGCCACAGUGCAACGAUUCCCUCAAAGCCAUCCCUGGCCUAUGCGACCACCGCGAGGGCAACACGGCACCCGGACUCACGGGGAAGAGAAGAGGUCCACUUACUCAGCCCUCACACAUAUGCUGACCUCCCACUCGCAAGCCCCCUGAUCCAGGCUGACACCCCAAUGGGACCACCUGGGCCGCCACGCCCUUCGACGCCCCCGGCCUCUGCUGACCCACCUUCCCCUGAAGAACCCAGCCGCAGGCGGCCUCGUAGGCCACCACCAAUCGUCACGCAGCCUUCUAUCAGUUCUGGUCACAAGUCUACUACUGCCGCCUCGUAUUCGUCAAACAGCAGGCCUCAAGAUAGCAACCGGGACGCUACCCAAACUGCGAGCGACCGCGAGUUUGCUGAAAGACUAUCCGCUUCGCUUAACAAUCUCCGCGUUGAUAGUGGGCACACUCAACACGGAGAGACCGAAGACGAACGGCAAGCUCGCAUCGAGCGGGAGCGUGCUACGGGGCGUGAACAGUUACGCCGGGAGCGACAAGCGGACGAAUACUGGGCUCAAUACCACAGAAACCGAGAGGAACGCCGCGAAGAGAGCCGCAGAAUGAACGAGCAAAACCGCAACGCAGACGACUGGGAAGCCCGCUUGGAAGAAGGUCGUCGCCGCGUGGAGCAAGACCACGCCAACCGCCAACCAGAACCCCAUGACCCUUCAGUCGACGCUGUUGCUCCAGCUGACAGUUCCAGCGAUGAGGAUUGGGAAACACAGCUCGAAGAGGGGCGUCGUCGCCUGGCCGAAUUGCGGCGCACUGGAGAGGCGACUACCAGCAACACUCAUGCCACAAACCGUGAGCGUCGGCCUCAGUCUUUCGUCGACAACCCGCUUCGUCGCCACAACACCACGGGUGGUCACGGUCACGGCCAACGCUACCGCACUGGCGUCUCUUUUGACUCUUCAUCUACCUCACAUUCCAACUCAUCUGCCAACGCCACAGCAAGUUCGAUCAUCGGCGCCGAUACAUCUAUAGACCGGGAGGCAUCAGAGCGUGAACGUCUCCAUGCUUUCGAAAGACAGCAGAUGGCGCGCGAACGCGUAGAAUCUGACGCCAUGCUUGCCUCCCAGAUUGCUGACACGGAGGCCGACAUCCGUCGCGCCGAGGCUCGUCUGGCCACGCGUCGCGAGCGAGACUAUCGUGAGCGCAUGGUAGAAGGAAAUUACAGUGCCUACACAUACGAAAGACUCAAUCCAGGUGCCCCACCGGCCAGUGACUUCUACAAUCCCCGUGCCGGUAUGGGAGAGCUGAGGCACGAGAACAGACGCUUACCGGAUAUGACCUAUCAACCGACUACUGCACUCGGGGAAUCUGGAUGGGAGAGGGGCCAAAGGGUUAUCAAUGAAGCACGAGGUGCUGGACGAAGGUCCAGAAGAUCUUCUGUUUCCUACCCCCAACACCAUCGUUACCGAAGGGAUGAGUAG